UGUGACUGUUCUGUUAAACACCGCUUUUGUCGACUUGCGGGAAAUUGAACAAUGUGCAAGCGACUUGCAGCACUUCAACCGCCAUGGCCGCGUCUCGAUCCAUUGUAUGGUCCCCGCAUGCCGAUCGCAGCCAAUUCCUUGUCAGUGGAGCGGAAUUGAAACUGUACGAAUGGAUUCCUGAAAAUGAAGGAACGCCUGCCAGGGCCCAGUUUCUCUCCAGCAUACCCAAUAUUACGCUAAUGAUGUGCGUCGACUGGUCUCCCGAUCCGUAUUGCCAGGACCUCAUUGCAGUUGGUUUGACUACCGGCAAGACGCUCCUUGUACGAAUGGGCGAUUACGCUUUACCUGAAUCGAGCUACCCUUACAACGAUAAUUCGACCGCACUUCGAAAUAAUGUCAACGUGCCUGCCCGUCCUCAGAAAAUGCAUAAUAGCGGAACGCAGCAGUAUCCUGUGCUGGGCGUGAAAUUAUCGCGUCAAUGCAACGUUGUAUCGUUCUCAAAAUCGCAUCCUCAUCUACUCGCCACGGGCUUGGAAAAAGUGCGCAACGAUCCAUGCUUACUUGUGUGGGAUAUUUCCCAAGCCAUCGAUAGCUAUUGCAACACGCCCUCUGGAUCUCAGACACCCACCACGACACAUCAUAAGAAACCAACGUCCCAGGAUGCACCAAGAUCAUCGCCAAUCGGUGUAGGAUGGAAUAUUUAUGCAAACGACCAACAGCAUCCCAUAGCGAGCAGUAUCCCCGCCCGACCGAAACAUGAGUUUUUGCCAAAUAACUUUGUCGCUCAGCAAACCGGCGGGCCGUCGAAUGCGCCUCCUUACCGAGAGCAGAAACCUUUGUAUCAAUUUGGAUCCUCGGAAGCCAUUGCUUCCUGUGCAUGGUCUGUUCAUGGCGGAUCUCCAUUGUUGAUAGCAGGCAUGGCGAACAAGUACCUGCGAGUGUACGAUAUCCGAGUGGAUUCCGGGGCGAGCCCCUUGCAAUUCUCCACCAAGGCCGUCUACGGCAUUACCGUGGACCCUUUCAACCCAUAUCGAGUGGCCUCUUUUGCGGACGAAUCGGUGAUUCGAUUGUGGGAUACCCGCAAACCGACAGAAUCUAUCCUCACUUUGAAUGCUGACAGCUCGAGUAAAAAUAGUAUUUCUCGCAUCGCGUUUUCACCCACCCGAGCCGGUAUCCUUGCUUCCUUGUCCCGCGACGGCUAUGAUCUCAAUCUCUGGGAUAUCCAGGAAACCAUCACUUCCUCACGAAUGGUGAUGCCGUCGAUUUCAGACCAGCGAUCCAGUCCAGCCAAUAAUCCUAUUUAUGCACACAAUUUGCAGGAUCGGCCGUCGUCACGUACGGGGCGACUCGAACGAACAGCCUCCUCCACCGGUCUGGCACGCUUAGCCAACAUUACCGAAGAUGAUCUCAGUAUACCCGUGCUUUGGAAGAACAGGAAAACACCCAUGAGCAGCAAACCUCUUACUUCGUUUGCUUUUAUACCCAAUUCCAUGUCGGAUCGCGUUUCCGAGUCGGUCCAACGUUUCUUAACCAUGCACAAAGACGGUCAAUUUGAAGCGGUGACUCUGCAAGACGCUUGCAAAAUAUCAUGGCAAGCAUGCGGCGGCAUGGCAAUGACGGCCGACAAUCACUUGCUGAUGUAUGAUUCAAAAAAUGUUGUUCAAGAGGAAACUGCAGGACAGGAAUCCUUGGAAGUAGCAUUUGACCAAGUUCACUUGGAAGAACAGAUUGCUAAUUCGACCGAUGGGGAUCUUGACAAAAGCCAAAAGCCGCGUAUGAGCGUGGACCGAAUAAGAACCAUGUUCAAUGGUUCUGUUGCUAAAGAAUUGGCCAGUGAUAUUUCCGUCUUGAUGCGCAAGCGUGUCAUUGAUGGAUAUUCCAUGGAUUGUACAAAAAAUAUAGAAAUUGUGAAAAAAGAUCGCAAGCUGCGCGAACUCUGGUCUUGGAUGGAGCGGGCUGAUGCAAUGUCCAAAGGAAGUGCGCAAAUCGGAAAUAUCGACUACAGUUUUCAAGGUGUCUAUGGCAUUUGGAUGGGGCCAGUGUCUCAGGGUCGUCGAUCAUCCCCUGGAAGUACGCCCAAGCUUGGUGGCUCGGGAUCGGCAAGACAAAAUAUGGGACAAAAGGGAACCCAAAAAUAUAUGUCCAAGGAUAACCAAAAACCACCGUCGCCCAUUGCCGAAGUCGCUGGGAAAGCCGAUACCGGUUUAGCAAUGGUACAAACCGCCAAAAUGGCUCAAAGGCAAUUAGCUUUGGCUGCAUGCGGCCUGCGAUUUAAUGCUACGGAGCUGGAGACGCAACUGAUUAGAUUGGAAUCCAAUGGAGAAUACGACAAAGCAGCAGGCUGGGCUUUAUUCCAUGGUCUACCGGAACGUGCUAUACAAGCUCUCAGUAGCGUGCGUGGAGACGGUCAAGGGGAAGAUGAUCGACAGCGAAAAUGGAUGUCUGCUGUGCUGGCUGGAUACCAGAUCAAAAACAGUCAAGAAAAUACGACGUGGCGUCAACUGUGUGAAUCACUCAGCAAUGAUAUGGUAGAUCAUCCGUAUUUACGCGCCAUUUUUGCUUACAUUGCAUCGAAUGACUGGUACUGCGUUCUCAACGAACCCGAGCUGCCAUUGAGAGAACGUAUGGCAGUCGCCUUGCGCGUUCUAGAUGAUGAACAGAUGACUAGAUUUUUGAAUGUGACGCUGGACGAGCUCAUACAGCAAGGCGAUAUGGAAGGUGUGGUUGUGACCGGUCUCACCACCCGUGGUGUUGAUCUAUUUGAUCAAGCUUUGAAUCGAUAUGGGGAUGUACAAACAGCGAGUAUGGUGAUGAGUUUUGUGGUGCCACGUCGCUUCAAAGAUAAACGUGUCGAAGACUGGGUUGAAGACUAUCGAUCCUUGUUGGAUCGCUGGCAGCUGUGGCAUUCUCGUGCAAAAUUCGAUAUUCAGCGCGGAAAGCGUAUGAACGCGAGCGAAAUUGCUCCACCGCAAGUGUACGUACGUUGCACUCACUGCGCUCAAUCGGUCGGUCACAGUCUGUUAAUUCAGAAUGUUCGCAACCGGGAUGGCAAACGAAUGAAUGUGCAAACAAAUAUAUCGUCAGCUGGAGGACGCAUGGCAGGAAAGCAAAAGUCCACCGUUUGUCCAAGCUGCCGUAAGCCUUUGCCGAGAUGUGCUCUGUGCUUACAACAUAUGGGGACACCGAGCGAUUCGUCUCGACAAAUGAUGGCGAACAACGACAUUCAUCACACGGACGCAUCCGGAUUUGAUCUGUGGUUCACAUGGUGUCAAACAUGUCGUCAUGGUGGUCAUGCGAUGCAUAUGUCCGAAUGGUUUCAAAAGCAUUCCAUUUGUCCCGUGAGCGAUUGUUCCUGUCAAUGUCAAUUCUAAAUUCUUUGCAAUUUUGUAUCAUAUCUUAAUACAUACAUCGCUGUGCGAUACUAGUCAUUCUACGCGUC